UCUAUAGAUUUUUUUCCCCUCUCUCUCCAUUGAUGUGUUGAGCUGCGGAAGGAACCAGCCCCUCGCUUAAAACAUGUUGGCGUCUCAAGGAGUUCUCGUGCAUCCCUAUGGCGUGCCUAUGAUUGUUCCGGCAGCCCCCUACUUUCCUGGACUCAUUCAGGGUAAUCAGGAAGCCGCAGCCGCCCCUGACACAAUGGCUCAGCCUUACGCGUCGGCCCAGUUCGCUCCCCCUCAGAACGGCAUCCCCGCGGAAUACACGGCCCCUCAUCCCCACCCCGCGCCAGAGUACACGGGCCAGACCACCGUCCCCGAGCACACGUUAAACCUGUACCCUCCCGCCCAGUCGCACUCGGAGCAGAGCGCCGCGGACAGCAACGCGCAGACCGUCUCCGGCACCGCCACACAGACAGAUGACGCAGCACCGACGGACGGCCAGCCCCAGACCCAACCUUCAGAAAACACGGAAAACAAGUCCCAGCCCAAGCGGCUGCAUGUCUCUAACAUCCCCUUCCGCUUCCGGGAUCCAGACCUCCGACAAAUGUUUGGUCAAUUUGGUAAAAUCUUAGAUGUUGAAAUUAUUUUUAAUGAGCGAGGCUCAAAGGGAUUUGGUUUCGUAACUUUCGAAAAUAGUGCCGAUGCGGACAGGGCGAGGGAGAAAUUACACGGCACCGUGGUAGAGGGCCGUAAAAUCGAGGUAAAUAAUGCCACAGCACGUGUAAUGACAAAUAAAAAGACCGUCAACCCUUAUACAAAUGGCUGGAAAUUGAAUCCAGUUGUGGGUGCAGUCUACAGUCCCGAAUUCUAUGCAGGCACCGUGCUGUUGUGCCAGGCAAACCAGGAGGGAUCCUCCAUGUACAGUGCCCCCAGUUCACUUGUAUAUACUUCCGCAAUGCCCGGCUUCCCGUAUCCAGCCGCCACCGCCGCGGCCGCCUACCGAGGGGCGCACCUCCGAGGCCGCGGGCGCACCGUGUACAACACCUUCAGGGCUGCGGCGCCCCCGCCCCCGAUCCCGGCCUACGGCGGAGUAGUGUAUCAAGAGCCUGUGUAUGGCAAUAAAUUGCUGCAGGGUGGUUACGCUGCGUACCGCUACGCCCAGCCUACCCCUGCCACUGCCGCCGCCUACAGCGACAGUUACGGACGAGUUUAUGCUGCCGACCCCUACCACCACACACUUGCUCCAGCCCCCACCUACGGCGUUGGUGCCAUGAAUGCUUUUGCACCCUUGACUGAUGCCAAGACUAGGAGCCAUGCUGAUGAUGUGGGUCUCGUUCUUUCUUCAUUGCAGGCUAGUAUAUACCGAGGGGGAUACAACCGUUUUGCUCCAUACUAAAUGACAAAACCAUAAAAACCUUCCAAUGUUGGGAGAAAGGAAGCUUUCCGAGGCCUGAGUAUUGCAAUACAUGCAGUAGUGCAUCAUUUUAGCAACUCUAAAAAAAUAAAAAAUAAAGAUAA